AUGUCUUCUUUCUCUUCCAACUGGAGCUGGAGACUUUUGUCAAUCAAGGGAAAGCUCUUGAUCCUUACUGGUGUCGGCCUCACUUUGCUUGUGUUCUGCGUAAAUUCUUGGACUGAGGUUCCAGUCAGCUCGCUCCAUAAAAGAAUACUCAAGCGCGGCAAAGUGACCAACGAAGAAUCCAGUAACACCGCUAUCUGGCAGCCUAAGGUUGGAAUUAAAUGGCAGAUCCAGCUGGAGAAUGCAGUUGAAGACAUUGCCAUCGGCGCUGAUGUCUUCGAUAUUGAUUUAUUCGACAACGCCGCAGCAACAAUUUCAAAAAUUCACAACACCGGCGCUAAAGUGAUAUGCUAUUUCUCGGCUGGUACCUACGAAGACUGGCGCUCUGACGCAAGCGAAUUUUCCGACUCGGACUUUGGUAGUGCACUCGAGGAUUGGCCAGGCGAGCGGUGGCUUGAUGUGCAGUCAAGCAAUGUCCGCAAAAUCAUGCAAUCUCGCCUUGAUUCGGCCAAACAGAAGGGCUGCGACGGUGUUGAUCCAGACAAUAUCGACGCAUAUGGAAAUGACAAUGGCCUCGGUCUGACUGAAGCCAAUGCGAUCGACUAUCUGAAUUUCCUCGCAACUGAGUCUCAUUCUCGCGGUAUGUCUGUCGGACUCAAGAAUGGAGGCGAGAUCAUUCAAUCGGUCAUUGAGAACAUGCAAUGGUCGGUCAACGAGCAAUGCGCCCAGUAUGACGAGUGCGAUAUCUACGCUACUUUCACGGAUGUCAACAAGCCCGUAUUCCACAUCGAGUAUUCUGGCGAGAUCAAGGUCAACAACAAACUCAGAGUUCGAGUGACGAAUUCGCAGAAGUCCGCAGCUUGCGAUGCGAACAGUGCAGAGAAAUUCUCCACUGUCAUCAAAAACAUGGAACUAGAUGCCUGGGUUGAAUAUUGCUAG